CCUUCUUAGGCACUGAAUUAAUUUUGUAAGGGCAUUCUCUCUUGGUUGAUCAAGAUGAACAAGUUUCUUCUCCUGGGCCUUGCUGGUUUGCUCUUCUGCACAGUUGCUCAAGGCCUGGUGUGCAAAGUCUGCAAAUUCAAAGUGGGCGCCCUAUGUUUCCAUUCUGCUGACCCCUGCGUAGCAGAUGAGGGCCAGUAUUGUGAAACCACAAGAGUGUACUCAGGUAAAAUCAGGCUCUUCAGUAAGCACGGCUGCACCAAACACACAGGGCUGUGCAACAUGACUGAGCAGAGGGACAGCGUCUUUGACAUGAACUACAACCGGACCUGUUGCAACUUUGACCUCUGCAAUGGAGGAAUUGUCAGCCAUCCCAGCAUACCGCUCUUAGCUGGACUCAGCUUGGCCUUGGGGAGCUGGCUGGCACACUAGCAA